AUGACCAUAAUGCAGCAAGCUGGCCCAGAAGCCGCGCAUAAGCUCCUCGACUUCGUCAACGCUUCCCCCACUCCCUACCAUGCCGUGCGCGCCGCCUCCGCUCGUCUCGAGAAGGCCGGCUUCCAGAAGAUCCGAGAGCAGGACGAUUGGGACAAGAGCUUGAAAGCCGGCGGCAAGUACUACUUCGCGCGCAACCAAGCCGCUUUGGUCGCGUUUACCAUCCCCCAAGGUUGGACACCGGGCGCUGGUGUCUCUAUUGUUGCGACGCACAUCGACAGCCCUAAUCUCCGAGUGAGACCUGUAUCCAAGAAGAGCAAGGUCGGAUACCUCCAGGUCGGCGUCGAGACCUACGGUGGCGGUAUCUGGCACUCUUGGUUCGACCGAGACCUCGCCUUGGCUGGCCGUGUCGUCAUCGCCGAUAAGGACGGGAACUUCUCGUCGAAGCUCGUUCGGAUCGACAAGCCCAUUCUGCGAAUACCCACCCUAGCCAUUCACUUGGAAAGAGGUGCGGCGGACAACUUCCAAUUCAACACAGAGACGCAGUUCGUGCCCAUCCUUGGCCUCAUCGAGUCAGAACUGAAUUCUUCGGCCGGUGAGACCAAAGGGUCAAAGAAGGCGACAAGCAUCCAAGAGAACCACCAUCCGGCUCUCCUAUCACUACUGGCUAGCGAGCUUUCUGUCGCGCCGGAAUACAUCCAUGACUUCGAGCUGUGCCUGUACGACACCCAACCGUCUGUGCUUGGCGGCUUGAACAGUGAAUUCAUCUUCAGUCCCCGUAUGGACAACCAGUUCUCCUCGUUUGCUGCGGUUGAGGCCCUCGCUACCUUCGCGUCCUCGUCGCAUUUCAGCGUCCUCGAAGGCAACGUGAACGCCAUCGCACUCUUCAACCACGAAGAGAUCGGCUCCGUCUCCACCACCGGGGCCGAAUCCUCCAUCAUCCCCUUCCUCCUCCAACGCCUAUCGCCUACUCCAGCAGCAUACGCACAAUCCGUCUCUCGCUCGUUCCUCGUCAGUGCCGACAUGGGGCACGCCGUGCACCCGAAUUACAAGGACAAGCACGAGGACAACCACGCACCCAAGAUAAAUGGGGGCGUCGUGAUCAAGACGAACGCGAAGCAGCGCUAUGCGAGCGAUGCGAUCGGCACGUUCGUCGUGAAGAAAUUAGUGGAGAGGAAGGGCGGACAGGUGCAGGAGUACGAGGUCCGGAACGACAUGGCUUGUGGCUCCACCGUCGGCCCUAUGCUGUCGAAGAUCGGCGUCCGGACAGUCGAUGUCGGCUGGGCAAUGCUCUCGAUGCACUCCAUCCGCGAGACCGCGGGUUCACAUGACGUCCAGCACGCGAUCGACCUGUUCACCUCGUUCUUUGAGGGCUUCAACGAAGUCGACAAAUCGCUCACCGUGGAGUGA